UACCAUAUAUAUGUAAGUAUCAUCAUCAUCAUAAAGAGUUUUGUAGUACUCAAUUAUUGCCAACAAAAUUAUUCAUGGCUAGUUGUACAAUUUAUGGUGUUUUACUCAACAUAAUUAUAUUGGUUUCGGUAUUGGGAACUUAUUUUCCUAGGGCCAACGCUCGUGCCUUUUUUGUGUUUGGAGACUCGCUAGUCGAUAGUGGAAACAACAAUUACUUGGUUACAUCUGCUCGGGCCGAUUCACCUCCUUAUGGCAUUGACUAUCCUACACAUAGACCAACGGGCCGUUUCUCCAAUGGCCUCAACUUGCCUGAUAUUAUAAGUGAGCAAAUGGGGGCAGAGCCCACAAUACCUUACUUGAACCCACAACUUAGGGGACAACGGCUACUUGUUGGUGCUAAUUUUGCUUCUGCAGGAAUUGGAAUACUUAAUGACACUGGAGCUCAAUUUGUGAAUAUUAUUCGAAUGCCCUUGCAAUUUGAAUACUUUAGGGAGUACCAACAACGAGUAAGCGCACUUAUAGGAGAGAGCCAGACUAAAAAACUUGUAAAGAACGCGCUCGUUCUCAUGACUCUUGGUGGCAAUGACUUUGUCAAUAAUUACUACUUGGUUCCCUAUUCGGCACGGUCUAGACAGUAUUCCAUCCAAAAUUAUGUCCCUUUCAUCAUAUCAGAAUACAAAAAGAUUUUAAUGAAACUAUACAAUAUGGGAGCUCGUAGGGUUCUUGUAACAGGAACCGGCCCUUUGGGGUGUGCUCCAGCCGAACUGGCUCAGCACAGCCGGAACGGUGAAUGUGCACCUGAACUUCAAAGGGCUGCAGAAUUGUAUAACCCACAACUAAGCCAAAUGCUGAAUGAUCUCAAUAGCAAAAUAGGCAGUCAUGUAUUCAUUGAUGUAAACUCAAAGCAGAUGCACUCGGACUUCAUUAGUGAUCCAGGAGCUUUUGGGUUUGUGUCAUCAAAGAUAGCAUGUUGUGGGCAAGGACCAUAUAAUGGGCUCGGUCUAUGCACUCGACUGUCAAACUUGUGUAAUAACAGAGAUUUGUAUGCGUUUUGGGAUGCAUUCCAUCCGUCAGAAAGAGCCACCAGGAUGAUCGUUGACCAAAUGAUGACUGGAUCAACCGACUACAUGUAUCCCAUGAAUCUAAGCACCAUUUUGGCCUUAGAUGCUCAGAAUGAGUUAUGAGUGACCAUUUAUAUAUUUCAAUAACAACAUUUGUUAUAUAUUGUUCAUCUAGUACGUUUACAGUUUUCAUUAUUUUGUCUAGUAAUUAAACUAAAUUAUAUAAGUGCACAUUAGCUUCUACUUUUUUAUGUAUAAUUGUCUUUAAUCAUAAGAUAUAAAAUCUAAUGAUUACAUUUAUGAUUUAUCCGCUUUUUAUAUAACAAUAACGAGUUUUUAAUC